UAGCGGGAGCCGGGCGGUCGCUGGGAGAGUGAGGGGCAGCGCACGGUACAGUGAGGUCGCCAUGAACAGGAAUUGCUAAACAAAAAUGAGCGAAGAGAAUAGUGUUUCUUCACAAGUUGAAGAAUAUGAAGAUGACUUUGAAAAAGACCUUGACUGGCUGAUCAAUGAAGAAACAAAAAAUAGUGAUGAAGAUCCAGAGGUAGAUUACGAAGAAGAUGAAGACAUUGAAGCCAAAAUUGAUAAAGAGCUGGAUUAUGAGGAAAGAAAAAAGAAAAGUACAGUAGAUGAGGAACAAUCUGGAAGUCCUGCAGAAAAAUCAUGUGAACGGAAUGAAGAUUUUAAAAACCAUGCAGAGGUCAUCAGUGGAGUGGGUAAUGAUACUGUCAAUCAACCUGAUCCCAUAUCAGACUCAGAUAGUGAGACUUCAUUCCAAGAAUUAAAGCAGGACGAUCAGCAGGAAGGAGAAGAGCAGACUGAGGAAGUAAAACGCUACAUAAUGGAAAAGAUUGAGCAAGCCAACAAGAAGCUACUGGAUGAAGAUCCCAUAGAUCAAAAUCGAGAAUGCAGAUUGAAGUUCAAGGACAAUUUAGUUGACUUGGAGGUCCCCCCUGUGCAAUUUUCUGAGAUAGAAAAGGAUAACGGAGAGGUCACAGGGCAGAUGUCUGAAAUGUGCAUUUCAAAUGAUGCUCAGAAGGAAAAUGAUAAUGCAGGAAAUAAAGGCGAUGAGGAAAAAAACAAAGACAAAAAAGUAUUAAUUGAAAAAGAUGGAAAAUUUGAACUAAUGAGUUUAGAGGAUUUUGAAGGUCAAGGUUUAUUACCUCAGAUCACUGUUGCAUUCAGUGAAAAUGAGUGUAAACAAUCUCACUUCUCCAAUGCGUUAAAUUCAGAUAAUCCUAAAGGAAACAACCUUUCAAGCAGUCAGAGCAGUUUAUCUUCAUCUCCAACAGAAAUACUUCAUGUCCCAAAACCACCAGAUGAACCAAAGGAUCGAGCAACUUCUGCAGCUAAUACACAAAAGAUUGGAGCUCAAAGGGUAUUACCUCGAAGGGUCCAAUCUGCAAUAAUGUCUCCCAAAUCUACCCACCUGAAUAUCUCAGAACAAAAGGAGCUUAAUUGGCGAACUCAAAAGAAGGAACAACUUAAGACUGAGGCAGGAGCAAGAAAAAUUGAAGAAGAGGUGCAGAAGAAAGAGGAGAACAAGAUAGCUUUUGGGGUCUGGCUUCAGAAGAAGAAACAGCAGCGCCAAGAAGAAAGGAGAAUUCAAUGUGCAAAGGAACUAGAAAGAAAGAAUAACAGGAUGGAACAUCGAGAUCCAAAUGAAGCCUUCAAUCUCUGGCUAAAGAAGAAACGGGAACAGCAAAUUAAAGAGCAGCAAAUAGAAGCCAUGAGAAAAAGAGAACAAGAUUACAACUCAAAAGUCCACACAAGAGAAGAUUCUGAAAAAGCAUUUAAGCUGUGGCUAAAAAGAAAGAAAGCUGAGAAACGGGCAGAGCAGUUGGCUGCCAAGGAACGAUGUAAGAAGUUUCUGAUGGAAGCUAGAAGAGUAAAAAGAAUGCAGACUCUACUGUGCACCCUUAGUGAAUCCAAAUCAUUUCAGUUUGACAAUUAUGGUUACAGGUUCUAG